GGGUAUCGCGUGCAGUGUCUGUUUCUUUCUUCCCCAUCAGCGUCAUCUUCUCUUUUCUUCAUCUUUUCCUUCACUUUUGACAAAUGUAGCACUGAAUCAUCCCCAAUUCUGCUGUUUAAUGCUUAUUUUUGGAUAAAAUUUAGUUAAAUUUCUCUUUGAAUUUCCAUCUACAUCUCUUUUUGUCCUCCUCACAAUAAUGUCCAGCCCUGAGGUCACCAUCACUCUCGGCCGCACCGGUCAGGUGGUGACAAAGGGAGGUAAAAGGCCUAGAGGAGAGGGAUUUGAGCGUAGUGGUGAUAGCUUCUUGUUUUCGGCCAACAAAAGGAAUAGAGGGGAUGGUAUGAUGCAGGGUCCUGUCGUUAAUGGAGUUAAUGGAUCCCAAAUUGCCCAAAAUGAUCUUCGAUUGAAGCUGAUGCACAAAAGGUUAUCUAAGAAAAUUCACAAUGUUGUAGAGGAGGAACGGAAAAUAGACCCACACAAAAAACUGGUGAAAGUCAUUCACCCUACAACAAGUUCUUCUGUGAGUUCUUACAUGCUGCCACAUGGGCCUGCACAUGAUGGAAGCAAAGUUUCAAGGCAAAUUCUUCCUAAAGAAAUUGCAGAUGAUAUGUGUAAGGUGGACUCUUUGGGGAAAUUUUACUCAUAUCAGCCCAUUGGAGGAUUAGGGGUAAGAUCUCCGGAUCAAAUUUUAAAAAGUUAUAGCAGGCUGUCACCACCUGGAAAUUUUAACGAAGAAAUUCGGAAAGUAACAUCCCUAAGGACACCUGAUCUUUCAAGAGGUGGACGGUUUUUGAGUGAUGAGAUUCUUGAUGCAUCUAGAUGGACUGGCACUCCUCCGGUCAUAAUGAAAGCUAGCUCUCAAGCUGGCAAUCUAGUAACAAGGGCAGCACCAGCAAUUGGCAUCACUCAAACAGUAUCACAUAUGGGGGAGGAACCUCAAACUCUUGCUGGCUUCCUGCACUCUCUUGGUUUGGGGAAAUACGUUGUUAAUUUUGAAGCAGAAGAAGUAGACAUGGCUAUAUUGAGGCAGAUGGGGGACAGAGACCUCAAAGAAAUGGGGAUACCUAUGGGACCAAGAAAGAAGAUUCUCCUUGCUCUCUUGGCCGGCCUGAAAAGGCAAACAUUGUGACCGCAAUAGUUCUAUGACAGGUGAUUCCAUAUCUACAUGUAAUCUUGCUGAUUUUUGAGGUGUGUUUAUUUUGGAAGUCUACAUGAAAUUUUGUGAUUGCUGUGCUUGGGAGUGAGUGUAUAUGACUCUGAAAGUAGAUAUUGAUUGGGAUUGUUGAUAGAUAGAACAGGAUGAGAUAAGCAAGUCAAAUGUAUAUUGUUGUCAGUGUUUGGAGAUCUUUUAUUGUAGCAUUUCAAUUAUGGUAAAUAUGUGCUUGCAUUUGAAGUA